AUGCGCCUCAUUAAGCAAAACAUUGAGCGUAAUGGCUCGGGCUCAGUCACGCUUUAUCCCGAAGAGCCAGAAGACAUGUGGCAUGCAUACAAUCUCAUACGGCCGAAUGACCUUCUAAAGGCUAGUGCAAUACGCAGGGUGACUACUACUUCAGCCACGGGCACAACCGCCUCAUCUCGUGUGCAUAUGAAUCUGCAGAUACGCGUGAAAAGUCUUGAUUUUGAUAUCCAGAGCUCUCAGCUCCAUGUAUCUGGCCAGAUUGUUGUGGAGACGCCGUACACGAAAAUUGGUCAGCAUCAUACCCUUGAUUUGGAGCUGCAGAGAAACUUCACCCUAGAAAAGGAGGUAGAAGGCUCGUCGCUUCCAGGUGAUGGAUCAGCAACGGGAACAUCUGCUGGUGGCUGGGAUAGCAUGGCAAUUGAGAUGUUAAAAGAUGCCGUUGAUGAAGGGGGGAAACGAAGAGCGGAAGCCGUAGCAGUGGUUAUGCAGGAAGGCCUCGCAAACAUUUGUUUUAUUGGACAAUUCCAAACUGUGCUCAAGCAGAAAGUUGAACUUACUAUCCCCAGGAAGAGGCAAGGCGGUAGCGACUAUGACAAGGCUUUAUCAAAAUUCUACCAGCUCACUUUGGAUAAUCUCCUGCGGCUUAUCGAGUUCAACAGCGCCACAGGCGCAUCCCUUGUUACUCCAGCCUCAGGCAGUGACACGUCCGCGAAGCCUAUUCUUCUCGCAUCCCCGGGGUUUACUGCAGCCGGAUUUCAAAAGCAUGUUCAAUCGGUUGCCAACACGACUACGCCGUCUUUAAAGCCCCUUCUGCAAAGCCUGGUUGUAGUUCAUUCGUCGUCAGGCCACGUUCACUCCCUUAAUGAAGUACUACAGUCCCCCGCCGUUCAAACAAGGUUGGCUAAUACAAAAUACGCCCGUGAGACCGCGUUAAUGGAUACGUUCUAUGCCCACUUACGGAAAGACACGAACAAGGCUACCUACGGCCCUAACGAGGUGGAAUCAGCCGUUGAUCAGGGAGCAGUAGGGAGAGGAGGAGGAAUUUUAUUGAUCUCUAAUAGAUUGUUCAGAGCCCCGAAUGUGCGUGAAAGACAGAGGUGGGUGUCUCUGGUAGACCGCGUACGGGACGUAGAAGGUGGAGAAGUCCGCGUUCUGAGCUCUGACCAUGAAAGUGGAAGGAGGUUAGACGGGCUAGGGGGCGUGGCGGCGAUUCUGACGUUCCCUAUCGAAGACAAUGACGAAGAGCAUGACGAGGAAGAUGAUUGA